UUAUAACCUACUGCAACGCCAGUAACCGCUGGCCUUUCAUCCCUUCCCAAAACAUAAACGAAAGACGAAGUCUCUCUUCUGUCACCAUGUUUUUCACCCGCAGCGGCCUGAAAAGUCCUAUGGGGAUCUCGUCGAUUGUGCAGUGUUCCGACAAAAAAUUGUACUGGUUCGAUGGGAAAGCGUCGACGCCAGAGGACUUUAUGUCAAAACAUAACCUCCAACUUCGGCAUGAAGGUUACAUCAGUACCUGGGCAUGCUAUUAUCAUUUUUUUCAGGCCGAAAAUAAUUCUUUCGACGAGAUCCAAGAUGCAGUCGGCUCCCGCAACAUCUGGCGAUUUUCAAGCGACGAGAUUGAGCAUUACGGAGUCUUCCUUCAAACCGAAGGUGUUCUACGCCAGGAAAUAGUCCUGCUGACCGGCGAAGAAAUAUGGCGGUGCGAUCACCCAGGGGUGUUAUUCUGAUGAUUAUGAGCAUAACCUUGGGUCCAUUUCACUGCGAGGGAAGGAUGUUUUGAACUAUGUAUAUGUCACUCCGAGAGACUCUUUUCUGUAGGAAGUGCCAAAAGAGAUGUGUCAGGAGUUAAGCAGAGUAUCAAGUUGCCUUGAUCGAAGAAUGAGACCAAUA